AUGUCGUCUUACGCAAGUAGUUCCACGUGGACAUCCUUUCUGAAGUCAAUGGCUUCGUUCAACGGGGACCUUUCCUCAUUGACUGCACCACCGUUUAUACUGGCGCCCAUUUCGCUGACGGAGUACUCACAGUACUGGGCUGAACACCCGGAUCUGUUUUUGGAGUCCUCUUCGAUUGACGAGACCAAUUUCAAAGAAUACGCUGCUAGUUUGGACCCGGAGUGUGAGUCCCUAGAGAUGGCAAAGAUGCUCUCUGUUACGAAAUGGUUUAUCUCGACGCUGAAGUCCCAGUACUGCUCUCGUAAUGAGACGAUGGGGUCUGAGAAGAAACCUUUGAACCCGUUCCUCGGUGAACUGUUCGUUGGGAAAUGGGAGAAUAAGCAACACCCUGAAUUCGGCGAAACUGUGCUGCUCAGCGAACAAGUCUCGCACCACCCACCGAUUACCGCGUACUCCAUCUUCAACGACAAGAACGGCGUCAAGUUGCAAGGGUACAACCAGGUUAAAGCCGGGUUCACGAAGUCCCUAAUGCUCACUGUCAAACAGUUUGGUCACACUUUGCUCGACGUCAAGGGCGACUCGUACCUGGUCACACCACCACCUUUGCAUAUCGAGGGUAUCCUGAUGGCAUCCCCCUUUGUCGAGUUGGAGGGGAAAUCGUACCUGCAGAGCUCCUCAGGGCUCGUCUGUGUCGUGGAGUUCUCAGGGAGAGGGUACUUCUCCGGUAAGAAGAACUCGUUCAAGGCAAAGAUCUACAAGAAGUUUGAAGACACAAAGGUCAAGGACUCACAAGUGUACACCAUCAGUGGGCAAUGGUCCGGUACCUCCAAGAUCGUCAAAAACAUGGGUAACGGCGUGAAAUCGGAGGGUGUCGAAUUCUACGACGCGGACAGAACUCCAGCGGAACAUCUUGUCGUCAAAGAUAUCAAGGACCAACAUCCGCUAGAGAGCAGAAGGGCGUGGAAACCAACCGCAGAGGCCAUCAAGAACAACGAUAUGGGUGCCAUCGACGCUGCGAAGACACAGCUCGAGCAAACUCAGCGUGACCUCAGGAAGCAAGAGGAGGAUAAGGGCAUUAGGUGGCAGCGCAGGUGGUUCACGGACGUCGACUACUCCGAGGAACCGGCAGAGGACGCGGAAAAACCAGCGGGGAACGAUGUCUUCUUGAAACUCGCCGCGAAAUUCGGACUCUCCACCAAGAACGUGCCCAGCGGCACUUUGCUCGGCGAAAGAGAGGACAGGAAGGAAGAACUCCAGGCUGUACACUGGAGAUUCGACAGAAAGCUGUGGGACCAAGAGAAGGAAAUCGUCCUGUGA